CGAGCGAUAUAUUUCCGUUGAGAAAAUGAUGUUAUCCAUAACAUACAAGCUCCAACUCCCUCUCGAAUUCAUCUUCGUCCGGAAUAACGAGUUGGGUGUGUGAGAUAGAACCCUAAACCCUCUCACAAUUCGGCGACGAGAAAGACGGCCUUGUGGGAGGUGACAAUCAUUCUUCUUUGUUCGUUUCUCUAAUGGCAAUCCCCACGUCUCUCUUUCCCUGUUUAUCUUUCGGCUCCAUGUUCAGUUCUGCUUCUUGUUCUUCCUCGUCGUUAUCUUUGCAAUCUCUUAGUCUCUUCAAGCCCCAUUGCCAUGGUUUAAAGAUGAACACUCCCACCUCUAAUGGGUCACUCGUUGUUAACUGUUCCGCUCGCGAAAUGGGUUCCAGCUCUGACCCUUUGAACGGGAGCAUGAAACAUCAGAUAUCAUCUAUGGCUCCCAAUGGGAUGAUAUUAAAUGAAGCUUCAAUGUCCAUGCCAUCGUAUAAAUGGCGACGAGUAUUGCUCAAAGUAAGCGGCGAAGCACUUGCUGGUGAUGGAUUGCAGAAUAUUGAUCCAAAGGUUACCAUGGCAAUAGCGAGGGAGGUUGCAGCUGUAACUCGUCUAGGCAUUGAGGUUGCUAUAGUAGUUGGUGGAGGUAACAUUUUCCGUGGAUCUUCGUGGGCUGGAAGUAGUGGUUUGGACCGUUCUUCUGCCGAUUACAUUGGGAUGUUGGCAACAGUAAUGAAUGCGAUAUUUCUUCAAGCGACAAUGGAGAGUAUCGGUAUUCCUACACGAGUGCAGACUGCGUUUCGAAUGUCGGAGGUCGCAGAGCCAUAUAUUCGACGAAGGGCUGUCAGGCACUUGGAAAAAGGAAGGGUUGUGAUCUUUGCAGCUGGUACAGGCAAUCCCUUUUUCACUACAGACACUGCAGCAGCCCUCCGUUGUGCAGAAAUUAACGCUGAAGUUCUACUGAAAGCGACAAAUGUCGAUGGAGUUUACGACGAUGAUCCAAGGCGAAACCCGAAGGCACAUCUGCUAGAAACUCUUACGUACCACGAGGUGACUUCGAAGGACCUUUCGGUGAUGGACAUGACUGCCAUUACUCUAUGCCAGGAAAAUAACAUUCCUGUUGUUGUCUUCAAUCUAACGAAACCGGAUAACAUAUCGAAAGCCAUAAAGGGCGAGAGAGUCGGGACAUUGAUCGGAGGAAAACGAAACUCAAUGGUAGUAAGUACAUGAUGAUUAUGCUGGUAUCGGACCAUCCAGUCAGUAAGUGCUCAUGAGUAGGGAUUUGAAACUUUAUAAACUCUUGUGGCUUUACUUUUGGUUUUCCCAAAAGGCUUUAUAUCAAUAGAGAUCUAUUCUUUGUUUAUAAAC